AAAAUAAGGUAGUCUUACAUAAAAAUAUACGGUCAGUCUAUCGUAUUCGUACUUAACCAAAUAGGCAUUAAACCGAACUAAACCAAAAUCUUCAGUCCGAACCAAUUUGGCAAAUAAGGAUCUUAAAAAGAGGCGUAAGCCGGUAUUCAUUUCCUCUGCAAAUAAACGACCCACUUUCUCCACGCAUUCCCUCUGCUCUAUCAUUCCCUCCAAAGCCAUGGCCGGAGAAGGAGGACAACUGACGGCGAUCCUGUUGAAAAAGACGGCCGAGGAGGGUGGAGAAAAUGAUAAGUUGGAUAUGAAGGAGAAGGUUUGGAGGGAAUCUAAGAAGUUAUGGAUUGUGGCCGCGCCGGCUAUCUUCACUAGAUUCUCUACGUCGGGAGUAUCUUUGAUAAGUCAAGCUUUCAUCGGCCACCUUGGCCCCACUGAGUUGGCUGCUUACUCUAUCACUCUCACCGUUCUCCUCCGUUUCAGUAAUGGAAUCUUGUUAGGUAUGGCUAGCGCACUAGAAACACUAUGUGGUCAAGCCUACGGAGCAAAACAAUAUCAUAUGCUAGGGAUUUACCUCCAAAGAUCAUGGCUCGUCCUCAUAGGCAGUACCAUUUGUCUCACGCCCAUUUACAUUUUAGCUGGUCCUAUCCUCUUAGCCCUAGGUCAAGAAGAACGCCUUGUCCGUAUAGCUCGAGUCAUAGCCCUAUGGGUCAUAGGCAUCAACUUCUCCUUCGUGCCUUCCUUCACCUGCCAAAUGUUCCUCCAAGCUCAGAGCAAGAACAAGAUCAUUGCCUAUGUCGCUGCUAUCUCCUUAGGGGUCCAUGUUUUCUUGUCUUGGCUACUAAUGGUUCAUUUCGACUUUGGGAUCGCUGGUGCAAUGACCUCAUCGCUCGUAGCACAUUGGUUGCCUAAUAUUGCUCAGCUCUUGUUCGUAAUAUGUGGUGGGUGUAAGGACACAUGGAGAGGAUUUUCUUGGUUUGCUUUCAAAGAUCUUUGGCCCGUAUUCAAAUUAUCUUUGGCUUCCGGUGGCAUGACGUGUUUGGAAGUAUGGUACAAUUCGAUAUUGAUCUUGCUCACAGGAAAUUUAAAAAACGCUGAGGUUUCUCUCAACGCACUUGCAAUCUGCAUCAAUAUAAAUGCACUGGAGAUGAUGGUAGCCUUCGGCUUCAUGGCAGCAGCGAGUGUAAGAGUUUCAAACGAGAUUGGAAGUGGAAACUCUAAAGGAGCCAAAUUUGCUACAAUGAUAGUAGUCUUAACGUCACUUUCAGUAGGAGUCAUUCUCUUCUUUGUCUUCCUAUUUCUGAGAGGAAGGGUUUCGUACAUUUUCACAACAAGUGAACUUGUUGCCGCACAAGUAGCCGAUCUUUCUCCAAUCUUAGCCUUUUCCAUCCUCUUAAACAGUGUACAGCCUGUUCUCUCCGGAGUUGCUGUUGGAGGGGGAUGGCAAAAAUAUGUUACAUACGUUAACCUUGCUUGCUAUUACCUUGUGGGGAUUCCUACUGGUAUUUUCCUUGGCUAUGUCGUGGAUUUGCAAGUCAAAGGUGUUUGGUUAGGAAUGAUAUUUGGAAUCUUCGUUCAGACUUGUGUGCUUACCAUAAUGACUAUGAAAACAGACUGGGAUAAACAGGUGUCUGUUUCGCAACGACGUCUGAACCGUUGGGUUGAACCAGAAUCAAGGGGUCGAAACCAAACUUCGCCAAGAGAAUAAUUUUAAAGAUUGAGCUAAAACAUAAUUUUUGUGAUUAACUAUAAGCCAUAUUCCACUCUUGAAAGUAUACACUUAUAUGUGUUCAUUUAAAAUAAGUUUGAGAUACACUGUUAACGAAUUUAGACGCCAAAGAGAGGUCCUUGUCUCUCACUGAUCAAAUUCACGUAAUUUAUAUA